GCAACUGGACGUACUCUCGCAUCCUGCCAAUGGCAUUAGCCCCAUUGCCAAGCGACUGACUCGCGUUUGUUAGCCACUGCCGCCUCUGUGUGGGUGAGCCCAGUCACAGUCACAGUCCGUGUGUGGCGUUCGUGUGUGUGCGCGGCUGCGGGUGUGUGCGUGUUGGCCAACUUUAAACGCUCUUAUCAGCGCGCGUGUGAAGCAUGAGCUUGGUGCAAACAAAGUUUUGGCGGCAUUUUCAAUUAAUGGCAGUGCCAGCAAAAGCCAGCGAAUUUUUGACAAAAUAUACCAUGGUGGGAAAUUGAAAAGAGCGCAUAAAAAGGAGCAACAAAAUAAAUACAAUGCAGAAACCAGAAGGCAAUCGGAUGCGAAAUUUACUUCAAGGAUAUGAAAAUAGCACAUCAAAUGGGCCAUAAACACACGACAGCAAACGGAAGAGCUUAAAUAAACCAAAAAGAGUACAAAACAGCAGCAGCAACAAAGCCAAGUCGGCAACAAUCAACAGCACAAAGCAACACUGCCACAGAGAAAUCUAAAAAAAAAAAAGCACAAAUAAGGGGAAGUCGGAAAGAAAAGUGAAAGCCAAAAGCCGAAAUUGUAAACGCUCCAUGUAAACACUUGAAAGCUCGUUAGGAUAAUACAUCCUGCCCGGUACCAAGCACACGCUGGCACAAAAAAACGGCGAGGAGAAAGUAGGGAAAGUGUCACCAUGUGCCGUCCCGCGUGUCUGAGUGGCCGCCAGCUGAAACAACGGCACCACCUCAAAUGCCCACCCACCCACACAGACACAGACACACACAUGCGGCAGCAGGCCAUUGCCAUUGCCAUUGCCGUUGCAUAGUCGCGCUUCCGUUUCCGUCUACUCCUCAUUUCCGCUGCGGCUGCAAUUAAGCGAAGCGAAGCAUCCCGAAAAACACACCGAAUAUCCACAAAAUGGCGCACGAGACCAGCUUUAAUGAUGCGCUCGACUACAUUUACAUAGCGAAUAGCGUGAAUGACAGGGCCUUUCUGAUAGCCGAACCACAUCCCGAACAGCAGAGCACCGAUGGUCAGGAGCAGGACGAGGAGGAGCUGGAGGACAUGGCGGUGACGGAGGAUGCGGAUGAUGGGGGGCAGGAGGAUACGAAUAACAACAAUAGCAACCGCUACUACAGCUCCGGGAAGAGACGUGCGGAUUUCGUGGGCUCCCUGGCGCUGAAUCCACCACCACCCACCGAUGCGAGCACCACCACCGGCUCACCCUUGGCCACCGCCGCCUUGGCAGCCGCAGCUGCCAGUGCCUCGGUGGCGGCGGCGGCUGCCAGGAUCACGGCCAAGGCGGCCCACAGGGCUCUAACGACCAAGCAGGACGCUGGAUCCUCGCCAGCAUCCUCGCCAGCGCUCCAACUGAUCGACAUGGACAAUAACUACACGAAUGUGGCCGUUGGCCUGGGCGCCAUGCUGCUAAACGACACCCUCCUCCUCGACGGCAACGAUUCCAGUUUAUUCGGGGAGAUGAUGUCGAACCGGAGUGGCCAGCUGGAUCUGACCAACGGGAGUGCGGGCCUCAAUGUGACCACGAGCAAAGUGGCCGAGGACGAUUUCACGCAGCUGCUGCGAAUGGCCGUCACAUCGGUGCUGCUCGGACUGAUGAUACUGGUCACCAUUAUUGGCAAUGUCUUUGUCAUCGCGGCCAUUAUCCUGGAGCGGAAUCUGCAAAACGUGGCCAACUAUCUGGUGGCCUCAUUGGCCGUGGCCGAUCUCUUCGUGGCUUGUCUAGUGAUGCCCCUUGGAGCCGUUUACGAGAUUAGCCAGGGCUGGAUACUUGGCCCGGAAUUGUGCGAUAUCUGGACCUCGUGCGAUGUCCUCUGCUGCACAGCCUCGAUUUUGCAUUUGGUGGCCAUUGCCGUGGAUCGGUACUGGGCCGUGACCAACAUUGACUACAUCCACUCGCGGACCAGCAAUCGCGUCUUUAUGAUGAUCUUCUGCGUUUGGACGGCGGCAGUGAUUGUCUCUCUGGCGCCACAGUUUGGUUGGAAGGAUCCGGACUAUUUGCAGCGCAUCGAACAGCAGAAGUGCAUGGUAUCGCAGGAUGUGUCGUAUCAGGUAUUUGCCACCUGUUGCACAUUCUAUGUGCCACUGCUGGUCAUCCUCGCUCUCUACUGGAAAAUCUAUCAGACGGCUCGCAAACGCAUCCAUCGUCGACGACCACGACCCGUCGAUGCGGCGGUCAAUAAUAAUCAGCCGGACGGAGGUGCGGCAACAGAUACGAAACUUAAUCGACUGCGUCUACGGCUGGGCAGAUUCUCCACGGCCAAGACCAAGGCCGGAAGUGCCGGGGGCGUCUCAGGACCCGGAUCCGGGGGCAGGGCUCUGGGCCUGGUCGAUGGCAACUCAACGAACACGGUCAACACCGUGGAGGACACCGAGUUCAGCAGCUCGAAUGUGGACAACAAGAGUCGGGCCGGCGUCGAGGCGCCCAGCACUUCCGGCAGCCAGAUAGCCACCGUGUCGCACCUGGUGGCGCUGGCCAAGCAGCAGGGCAAGUCCACCGCCAAGUCCUCGUCGGCUGUCAACGGAGCGGCCACCGCUGGCCAGGGGGCCGACGGGCAGGAGCCGGAGCGGGAGGAGCAGGACGAGGAGCAGCAUGAGCACGACCUGGAUCCGGCUGACCCAGCAGCCGCAACCGCAACAUCAGCAACGCCGGCGGCCUCAACCGAGGACCAGUGCAAGGCCAACGGGGCGGAGGUCCUGGAGGAUCCGCAGCUGCAACAGCAGCUCGAACAAGUGCAGCAGCUGCAGAAAUCGGCCAAAUCCGGCGGGGCCAGUACGUCGAAUGCAACCACAAUUACGUCGAUAUCGGCGCUGUCGCCGCAAACGCCAACUUCGCAGGGAAUCACCGCCGCUGCGGCUGCCGCUGGACCAAUGACGGCCAAAACCAGCACGCUGACGAGCUGCAACCAGUCGCAUCCGCUGUGCGGGACCACCAGCUCAUCCCUCACCCCGGAGCCACGCCCCCGGCAGCAGGCGCCCCCGCAGCAGCAGCAGUCGCAGCAGCAGCAGCAGCUGUCCAGCAUCGCCAAUCCGAUGCAGAAGGUGAACAAGCGGAAGGAGACGCUAGAGGCGAAGAGAGAGCGGAAGGCGGCCAAGACGCUGGCCAUCAUCACCGGCGCCUUCGUGGUCUGCUGGCUGCCCUUCUUCGUCAUGGCGCUGACCAUGCCCCUCUGCGCCGCCUGCCAGAUCAGCGACAGCGUGGCCUCGCUCUUCCUCUGGCUGGGCUACUUCAACUCCACCCUCAAUCCGGUCAUCUACACCAUCUUCAGUCCGGAGUUCCGACAGGCCUUCAAGCGCAUCCUCUUCGGCGGCCACCGACCAGUCCACUACCGCAGCGGGAAGCUCUAGAUAGUGCAUGCGAAGAGGCGAAGACGCUUCUGCUAAACCGACAAGCGGAUGUUGAUCUAACCUCUUCGGCUAUAACCAGGCGAGGAUUAACGCAUCUUGUAUACAAAAGACGAUAAAGGACGAAGGAUCAAGGAGCGGUCACAUAACCCGUAGCCAUUAAGUGUGUAAAUAGCGGAUUGAAUUGAUGUUCACCUAUGCAAAUAUAUUCUGUUAGAUAUAGCUAAAUUUAUAGAGCCAAGUGGAGACUGUUUUUAGAAGAAAGAAGUUGAAUUGAGAAGAGAUGCCACCAGGAAAUACAAAAGUAUCUAAUCAAAAUAACUAGACCUAAGCCACUACCGCAUAAUUGACAUAUAGAGCAAUCUACUACCACUUCUUAUGUGUUUUCCAACUUAACGUGAAUUGUAUAACUCAUAACUAUGUUAGGUGUUAGACUAUAUUUCUCUCCUCUGCUUCAAGAAUGGUAUGGGGAUUGGAAAUGGGAAAUAGGAAAUGGGAAAUGGGAACCAAGGCAUUGGAAUCGUUAUAACUGAAGCGAGUACUCGAUUAUGUAUAGCCCAGCUAGAUACAUUUAAUGUGCGUUUCGAUCGGCGAUCGAGUAUGCAUUCUAGGCCUAAGUACAUUUGUUGAGCAUCGUACUAAACUGUAAUAUUGAUAUAGGAUCUAUAACUUAUCGAACCGGUGGAAGCCAGUUUAAAUUAAAUUUAAACGUAUUGUUAAAGCCACACCUAGGUAAAUUACAUUUAAAACUGUUGUACUAUUACGUAUAUGUUAGAUCGGUAGUUAUGUGUCGAGGAUUUCUUUGAAUAAGCUGGCAUAUUACGUAUCUUAUAAGCAAACAGUUCGAAUGACGUGUAAUAUUUGAAGAGCAAACUACUUUCGGGAAAAAUGGGUAAAACGUAAUUAGCUAAACCAAACAAACACGUAAGCAAAUACAUUGAAUAAUGACAUAUAUGUUAGUUAAAAUUAAGCGGAGGGAAACUGCAGAUAUCACGAUGUUUUACCUUCAUUAAACUACCAAGCGAACUAUUCGAAAAACAAAAUCAAAACUCUACGAAAUCUUUAAGCCGACAUCAUUACCUAGUGACUAAGUGUUUGCAGAUCUGUCUAUCUUUAAAUACCAAAUACCAAUAGAAAUAAGGCAAAUCCCAAUGGCACCAUACUCAGCAAUAAUUCGAAGAGACACCCACACAACUUUCUAUCUAAAUUUGCCAAAGGCAAUUGCUUUUAUUUAUUUCCUCUUAGUUUAAUAUUUCGGUUCGAACAAAUUGGCGCGCAUUUUGAAAAGAAUUAUUGCUUGGCAUGCGUGCCGAGUUUCUGGGAUUAUUGCCAAGAAACAGCAUAAGUUAAAUUAAGAAGAAUACUAUAAAAUUCAUUGGCUGCAAUUUAAAUAAAAAUUCA